AUGGUUGAAUUCCAGGCUCUCUUGCCUUCCUGCCACGGAAGCGCAGUGCCAGACACCGUGGCAAGCUUCCCAAAGGAUGACCCCAAAAAGCCUGUCCACCUUACCGCCGCCAUGGGUUACAAAGCUGGUAUGACCACCACCGUUCGUGAUCUUGAGCGUCCAGGUGCCAAGAUGCACAAGAAGGAGAUCGUUGAGGCCGUUACCGUUGUCGAAACUCCUCCUAUGAUCGCUGUCGGCGUUGUCGGGUACAUUGAGACUCCUCGUGGUCUUCGAUCACUUACUACCGUCUGGGCCGAGCACUUGAGCGACGAGAUCAAGAGACGGUUCUACAAGAACUGGUAUAAGAGCAAGAAGAAGGCGUUCACAAAAUAUGCGAAAAACUAUUCAGAGAACAAGGGUGCUUCCGUUACCCGCGAACUCGAGCGCAUUAAGAAAUACUGCACAGUCGUCCGUCUUCUCGCACACACACAGAUCCGCAAGACUCCUCUUAAGCAGAAGAAGGCCCAUCUUAUGGAAAUCCAAGUCAACGGUGGCUCUAUCGCGGACAAGGUCGAAUUCGCCCACGGCUUGUUCGAGAAGCCAAUUGAGAUCGAUUCCAUUUUCGAACAAGACGAAAUGAUCGAUGUCAUUGCCGUUACCAAGGGUCACGGUUUCCAGGGUGUUACUAGCAGAUGGGGUACUAAGAAGCUUCCUCGUAAGACACACAAGGGUCUCCGAAAGGUUGCUUGUAUCGGUGCCUGGCAUCCAUCCCACGUCCAAUGGACCGUUGCUCGUGCUGGUCAAGACGGUUACCAUCAUCGUACAUCCGUCAACCACAAGAUCUACCGCAUUGGCAAGGGCUCCGAUGAGGGCAACGCUUCCACUGAUUUUGAUGUUAGCAAGAAGCAAAUCACACCUAUGGGUGGAUUCGUCCGAUACGGUGAAGUUAAGAACGACUUCCUCAUUAUUAAGGGAUCCUGCCCUGGUGUCAAGAAGAGAGUUCUCACACUUAGGAAGACCCUCUACCCACAAGUCAGCCGCAAGGCUCUGGAGAAGGUGGAAUUGAAAUGGAUCGAUACCUCGUCCAAAUUUGGCCACGGUGCCUACCAAACCCCUGCCGAGAAACGGGCUUUUAUGGGUACCCUCAAGAAGGAUUUGGCUGCUGCUCCAUAA